AUGUGUUUGACACCUUCGGACAUCGUUCCUGACGUUUCCCUGGGAGCCUCCGUGGACAACAGCUCAGCGUCAGUCGCGUUGUCGUGGGCUCCCCCUGACUCCUCCAACGGCGAGGUCCUCUCCUACCUGUACUUCUGCGCGCUGCACCAGAGCCCUAAAUCCAGCUACUGCGUAACCCGGAGCCAGUUUGAGGAAGCAGGUCGGCAGGUCAUUCUGCGUGACCUCGUUCCGGGAAAGUACUCUUGUUGGGUCAGGGUCAGGUCGGAGGUCGGCGACGGGCCAGAGUCGGCACCAGUCGCCUUCGUCAUACCGGACAUGAGAGCUCCUGAGGACAAGAGAGCCGUUUGGUGGGCGGUGGGCGUGGCUAUUGUAAUCAUCUCUGCUCUGAUUGGCUUGUCAUUACGACGUCAUAGAUCACGUCAUAAAAUCCCCGACACAAUGGAUGAAGUCGAAAACAACCCAUUUUAUCGAGAAGGCUUCGCUCCCUCCGAGCUGUUCCGCGAAAACUACAUCCUGUGGCGUGACGACCUUCGCGUUCUGUUCGACCGCCCGCUCGGCCACGGCUACUUCGGCAUGGUCUUCGCCGGCGAGCUGAAGGGCGGGGGCGGCGCGCGGAGGGUGGCGGUCAAGACCCACAGCGAGAGUGCGUCCACCGAGGAGAUCAAGCAGUUCCUGAAGGAGGCGGCGAUGAUGCAGGAUAUCAAGUGUCACCACGUAGUGGAGUUCAUAGGUGUGGUGGGGGACUACGCCCCCGUCUACGUCGUGAUGGAGCUCAUGCAGGAGGGGGACCUCAAGUCCCUCCUGAAGAAGCAGAAGGGGGCGGCGAUCACGGAUCAGAAGGUCCUCGAGAUGGCCGUCGAGGCAGCGGACGGCAUGUCGUACCUCGCCUCCCGGAGGCUCGUGCACAGGGACCUCGCGGCGAGGAACUGCAUGCUGGACCACAGCCUCACCCUCAAGAUCGGGGACUUCGGGCUCACGCGGAACCUCAAGUCGGAUUAUUACAGGAGAGAGGGCCAAGGCUUGCUGCCGGUGAAAUGGAUGGCGCCGGAGAGCCUCAAGUUCAGCCGCUACAGCACUCAGAGUGACGUCUGGAGUUACGGCGUUUUGCUGUGGGAGAUGGCCACCAGGGGCGUGACGCCUUACAAGAAUAACACGAACGAUGACGUCAUCAGACUCGUGGUUGAGAACAGGGCCACUCUGCCACGACCUCGACAUUGCCCCUGCCCAUUACAAGGUCUCGAAGGGGCGAAAUUAAACCCCUGUGACAGGCCAACAUUUCCCUCCAUUACGAAAUACCUCCUGAAGCACACGAGGGAACGAUUCCAAGAUAGCUUCGAACAGGUCUCCUUUAUCCACAACGCGGCGAGAGAAGCUAGUCGGUACGAAAGAAAGAAAGAAAAAAAUAAAGAAAAGAAAAAAAUAUAUACAAAGUAAAAAAAAAAAUACAGCCCAGGGUGGAUUGAAGAACUAUCCAAGAAUUACUGUAUAACUAGCAUAGAAAAUUAUUAUUGUGAUUAUAUUUUGAAAAUUUGCCUAAAGCUGUGGCACAAAAUUCACUAAAUCCUCAAAUUAUUGUGAUGAAUCGAUACAGAUUCAAAUCAUCCCACCUACUACUACAGCCGCUUUAAUAUACUGAUUUUAGCGAACUUCACAUCUCUGGGCUGUAAAAUAAUUGUGUCGC